AUGGCCGAGUUGAGGUUGUCGCCCCGCUUUGUGGCAAAGCUUAUGGAAGGUGCAGGGGAAGGUCUGCUCUUGCGCGCAGUCGAAGAGACGCGCCGUCGAGCGUUUGCUCUUUGGGAGCAGCGCCCAUGGAUGUCUGAGAAGGAGAAUUGGCUCGCGGCAGAGCAGAGCCUUCUUUGUGUUUCGGGUUCGAAGGAGGCCGCGACGCAGACUGAUGAUGUGAAAGCCUUGGAGGAAGAGCCUCUUCUGGGCUCCGAGGCCAAAGUAAGCCCCGCGAAGGAGGAUGCUUUGUUUUCAACUCUCCUGGUUGACGUCGCAAGCAACGGAGAGCAGGCUGCGCAGGCUGCACAGAUUUCAGAGGAGUGGGAGCACAAGCAACUUGGAAGCUGGAAGCGCACAAAGUUGACACGGACACCAGGCAGAGAAAAAGCGUCCGGUGACUGCUUACUUGGACAGUCUCAUUUGGACAAAGCCUCUGUCCAGGGGGGAAGGGUGUGGAACCAGGCUGCGCAGGCUGCCCCUCUGGAGCUACCCCAUCGAAGGGGCAGACAUUCUGUUUCUCUUUCACGGAGCAUCUACGAACGGCAUGCAGUUCAGGAAAGCCGCAGAGUGGUGGCUGAUUUCGUUGCCGUCGCUGGGGUAGCAACUCCGGCUGAGUCUAUCCCAAGCUUGGCCAGGAUGAGCACCGUGCAGUGGCUGAGACGGGAUGAAUUGGCAGUAUCUCCACGUUGGACUGCAUUGAAGGGUGACUUGACCUCUUGGCGACCAACUCAUGCCCAUGCAAACGGUAAUCAAACUGACAGGGUUGGGAUCACUCGCAGCUCAGUACUCUUGCCCAGACUGGCUUUGGACAAGUCGCGGCAUGGCAUGGACUUUGCCACGUCAGAUCGCACCGGAGCUUUGUGCUCAAACGAUCGGAUUCGCUGGCCCGGUUCCAUUGUGGAAGUACCUCCCCUGCCUACUCCUCCUGAGACCCACCCCCUGCUCACACCACGAACCGGCGCAGUACAGAUGCCAAAGCAAGCGUCGCGCGUACCCAAACUACCUCUGGCUCUUGCAGGGAGAAAGACUGCAUGUUCAAACCGUUUCCAGGCAGGUGGGCCUGACCAGGAAGUCUUCUCCAUCAGCACCCCGCACUUGCCUGACCAUGUCCGUCAAGGAAUGCCUGCUGGUUUGCCGCCAACUAGAAGCUCCAGUCCCAGUAGCUCCGAUGUCAGCCUGGACUCCUUAGACAUUGAUGCUGACUGGGAGCGUGUGGCUUCGUUGGAAACGACGGCUUCUGGGGUCCAGGAGGUUGCUCUUACUCGACGCAGUCAAAGGUCAUUCGGCUCGGCCAGCAACUCUGCACGAAGCGACUUCAGUGUCUGUGGGCUCUAUGGCUAUGGCCAGGAGGCUGAGGCUCAGGUUCUCCGGAAGGUUAUUCGAGAUCUAGAACACCAACUUCAGGCACAGUCGCGCGAGCUGGAAUCUUUCAAAGCCAAGAGAGCUUCGUAG